AGCCGCCUCGGCAUGGACAGCCCUGCCCGCCCAGCACCCGCCCCUGCGGCGCUGCUUUACUAUGUGGCCUUCUCCCAGCUGCUGGGCCUGGCCGUGGUGGCCACGACUGGCACCUGGCUCGGUGUGUACCGAGGAGGCAUCGCCUGGGAGAGCGCCCUGCAGUUCAACGUGCACCCUCUCUGCAUGAUCAUAGGCCUGGUCUUCUUGCAGGGAGAUGCCCUGCUGGUUUACCGCGUCUUCAGGAAUGAGGCCAAACGCACCACCAAAGUUCUGCACGGGCUGCUGCACGUCCUCGCCUUCGUCAUCGCCCUGGUGGGCCUGGUGGCGGUGUUCGACUACCACAGGAAGAAAGGCUACGCAGACCUGUACAGCCUGCACAGCUGGUGUGGCAUUCUGGUCUUCGUCCUCUUCUUUGUGCAGUGGCUCGUGGGCUUUAGCUUCUUCCUGUUCCCCGGCGCGUCGUUUUCUCUGCGGAGCCGCUACCGGCCGCAGCACGUCUUCCUUGGCGGCGCCAUCUUCCUCCUCUCGGUGGGCACCGCCCUGCUGGGCCUGAAGGAGGCGCUGCUGUUCAAGCUCGGGACCAAGUACAGCAAGUUCGAGCCCGAGGGCGUCCUGGCCAACGUGCUGGGCCUGCUGCUGGCCGCCUUCGGCGCGGUCGUGCUCUACAUCCUGACCCGCGCUGACUGGAAGCGGCCCCUCCAGGCGGAAGAGCAAGCGCUCUCCAUGGACUUCAAGACGCUGACGGAGGGCGACAGCCCCAGCUCCCAGUGACGCGCGCCCAGUGCCAUCCCGUCCUG